GUGACUUGAUGUAUUAUGUUUCAAGCAAUUGCUUGUGUGCGGCUACGAUGCAAGCUAUUCAUUCAGCUUGUCAGGAUCAAGCUGGUGGAGGAGAACUCAUAGCAUACUCUCGAGUGCCUUUGCGCCCGCCCAAGGAAGGAACGGUCUUCGUGCUUAUUCCGCGAAGGGGCAAGAACGCACAGACUAAUUUACAGUGCAGUGAAUGCAAAAAGCCCACCUUUGCUGCUAGGGAGCCUUGUUCUGCCCAACACUCCCUCCUUGUUCUAUAUCAGCCCCAGCUCUCGAGGACCCUAGCCUUCUCCAACGGAUCUUUCCACUCAACUCCAGAGCCUUGAGCCUUUACAAGGAUUCAUCUACCAUAACCUAUCCAGACUAAACAUGGUCAAACGUAUCAACUACCCCGUAGCGACGCCCAAGGACAAGUCCGCUCUUGAACAGCAGAUCGAGGACCAUGUACUUCUUUCGGCCUUCCGGGAUCUUACAAUUUCUGCCGAAGGUUACACCCAGUACACCAACGAUUAUGGCUUCGUAGAAGACUGGAGAGAUACCGAGGACAACUAUAAGACGCCAGCUGAAAUCGAGUUUUCCAAGCUGGCAAGGGCCGGUGUGCGAUCUAUGAAGCAUGCCUACAGCCCUUCGCCGCUGGACAUGCUGUCCCAUCCACCUGUGCCUAACGCCUUGAUGAAAGUGUACUAUCACAUGGGAUACACUCCAAUCGAAGAUGCCAUCUUCUUCGGUAUGGUUGCUGCAUUCGAGGCUGCUCAAUUCUGGCAACCGUGGGGUAGUCUCGAGAACAAUUGCGUAGACAAUACGGCGUACAUACAUGGCAUUGGAUGGUGGCGCACUUUCCCAACGGCCAUCACCUAUAUGGAUAAGUUCGAGGACGUGUUUGAAGAUAUUCUGGACUUCAUCUUCUACGAUCUUCGUAUGGCAUGCGGCUCGUAUUUAGAUUACACUAACGACUUCGAUGAUUGGAAUGAUCCGAAGAUCGCAGCAUUCCGCGAGUUUUCCGAAGUGGCCGAAUACGUAACGUAUGUCUGCCCGGACUGGUUUCAGAAGUUCCUGGAUCUACCUGGAGAGCUCCGUGAGUCCAUCAUGCACGAUUAUGCGCUGAUGGAGCGUGAUGCUGGUCGCUUGAGCAAGCAUCAGCAUUUUGAUGAGUUCAACAAUCCGUGCUGCAAGUGGGAGUAUCCCAAGGUUCUCAUCGCUUGCGACAACCAGAAUACCAAAGUGUUUCCGGAUGCUAGCACUGGUCGAUGCCCCAAAGGAUGGCUACCGAAUCUCGCUUUCGUGAGCCAUAGGAUGCAUGAGGAGACGCUCGUCUUAAUGCUGCAGCGGACCGCGCGUUUCGAUCUGAAGUACAUCUUUCGAAACACGAACUUCAAGAUCGCGACUUGGUUUACUAAGUUCCUGAAGACCAUUCCAGGAGGCGACGGCGAGAUUGCGGUGAAGCAUCUCAACUUCCCGCACAUGCAUUGGUUCAACCACCAACGCAUCUCGCCAGCGCUUACUAACCGGAGCUUUGAGUUGGCUGUCGCUUGUAAGAACCUGCGCAAGCUCGAUAUGACUUUUCACGUCGACAAAGUGACUAUCAGCAAUGCGCACACUGAUUGGGAGCGCAAGGCACUUCCUCUGGCUACAAUUAUCGAUCGAUUCAAGUUGGAGACGAUUUUCGGCUGUACUAGGUUGGAGGAGGUGUACAUCGAUGGCAUAUACAUGCGACCAUCUCGAGGCGGCAAGGAGGCCGAUCUGGAUGUGCUAGAGGACGCAAGCAAGUGGAUGAUGAAGAGCUUCCUCGUUCGGCGGAAUCCGGAGCGCGGUAUCCAAGUCGAGCUGGUUCGCCGUUGGGGUUGCUGGAGGGGACGUGUUCGGGGGACCCUGCUUGAGCUGGACGAUGUAGAUUUGGCGGAAGUGAAGACCCGCAUCGAGAUGAAGAGCGCAUAUACAAAGGCCCUCGCUUUGGCUGGGCCCGCUACAACUGUCUAG